AUGGCAGAGGGAAGAGAGUCCGUCUUCACAUCUCUUGACAAUGCCAAGACACAACUCUACCAUUACAAGGCAAUUGUGAUUGCAGGCAUGGGAUUUUUCACUGAUGCUUAUGACCUUUUUUGCAUCACUGCCGUCACGAAACUUAUUGGCCGCCUUUACUUCUACGAUCCCUCUACUAACAAACCCGGUGUUCUACCUCCAAACAUCAACAAUGCCAUAACGGGGGUUGCUCUAUUUGGCACCCUAGCAGGGCAACUCUUCUUUGGCUGGCUUGGAGAUAAACUCGGCAGGAAAAAAGUUUAUGGAAUCACCUUAGUCACUAUGGUGGGGUGUGCUCUUGCCUCGGGCCUUUCCUUUGGCUCUAGUCCUAAAAGUGUAGUCACAACUCUUUGCUUCUUUCGGUUUUGGCUCGGAUUUGGGAUUGGAGGUGACUAUCCCCUCUCGGCGGUCAUCAUGUCCGAAUAUGCCAACACGAAAACCCGAGGAGGGUUUGUAGCUGCAGUUUUUGCAAUGCAAGGAGUUGGCAUAUUGGUGGCUGGAGCUGUAGCCCUAGUUGUGUCAAGGGCCUUCAUGCUAGCUUUCCCUGCUGACAAUUUCCAUACCAACAAUGUGCUAUCCACACAGCCAGAAGGCGACUUUGUUUGGCGAAUCGUCCUCAUGUUCGGCGCAAUCCCUGCAGCUUUGACGUUCUACUGGCGGCUGAAGAUGCCCGAAACAGCGAGGUACACUGCCUUGGUAAAAGGUGACCAUGAUAAGGCUGCAGCUGACAUGGCCAAAGUCCUCGAGAAACCGAUAGACAGCUUCCCUAUUAGUACCGCCGGUGGAGAAUCCGAAACCCCGAAAAAGGUAGUCCUGGCUCCUAGUUCUGCAUACGGGCUCUUCUCUAGGGAUUUUGUUAGAAUACAUGGGUUACAUCUUGUUGGCACCACAAGCACAUGGUUCUUACUAGACAUUGCUUUCUAUAGUCUCCAACUCACUCAAAAAGACAUCUACCCCUCUAUACGUCUCUUACCAAAAUCCACAGAAAUGAACGCUAUAGAGGAAGUUUACUUGCUAUCCAAGUCAAUGCUCCUAAUGGCACUCGCCACCACCGUCCCCGGAUACUGGUUCACAGUCUUCCUCAUCGACCGGAUCGGCCGGUUCCCAAUCCAACUCGGGGGCUUCAUUCUCAUGUCAAUCUUCAUGGCCAUUCUCGGAUUUGAAUACGAAGAUCUCAGAGGAGAGAAAUGUCCUUCAGACUCAAGAUUCGACUAUUGUAAGGGCAACCGUAAAGCGUUUGCCGUUCUUUACGGCCUGACCUUGUUCUUUGCCAACUUCGGACCCAACAGCACCACCUUCAUUGUCCCCGCUGAGCUUUUUCCGGCGCGGUUGCGUUCCACGUGUCAUGGAAUCUCCGCUGCGGCAGGGAAGGCUGGGGCGAUUAUUGGGGCGUUUGUGGUGCAGAGUUACACGCAGGAGGUUAAGGGUGUGAAGAGAGCGAUAAGGGGACUUGCUUUUGUCAACUUGCUUGGGGUGUUGUUCACGUUGUUGGUGCCGGAGACGAUGGGGCGGUCGUUGGAGGAGAUUUCAGGCGAGAAUAAUGAGGUCGGAGGGAAGGGAGUCACUUCCGUUGUGGCGGAUGACAAGGUAGUAAAAGCAGAAAAUACUAAUGGUGUUGAGAAAGAGAAAACUACACAAGCUGAAAUGGAAAUGGUUUGA